AUGGAAAAAAACCGACGACCACUUUGUUGUUGCAGAUCUCGAGCCGAGCACCGUGAAGCUGUGGACGACGGCGACAUCCAGACUUUGCCCUACUACGGCGGCGGCAAGGGCAAAUACUUGAUCAUUCAUCCUUCGGGAAAGACCACAGUGGAGGAUCACCGGUCGGAAGGCAUGCGACCCGACGACGACGUGGACAACGUGGGACAAGAAGGCGACGGCAGCGAAAACGACACGUCUGAAGAGACGCCCAACGAAUCGGUGAGCGUCAGUGUGCCGGGCGACAACGUGUCGCUGGCCGAAGCCAAGCCCAUCGGCCUGGCCAUCGCCGGUGUCGGCGGCGAGGCGUCCUCCAAGCCCGUGGCCACCGCCGUGGCCGGGCCGGGCGGCCUGGCCGUCGCCAGACCCGUGGGCACCGCCAUAGCCGGCAUUGCAGGCGCCGAAGGCCUGGUCGGCGUGAUCGGCAGCGGUAAGCAAAAGCAGAAGAUCACACCGGCGACGUCCGCCAAGAAGCCGGUCAACGGCAAGACCCGGAGAACUCGAGCCGAGCACCGUGAAGCUGUGGACGACAAUAUCCGGGUUUUGCCCUACUACGGCGGUGGCAAGGGCAAAUACCUGAUCACUAAUCCUUCGGGAAAGACCACAGUGGAGGAUCACCAGCCGGAUGACAUGCGCCCCGAUGACGACGACGACGACGACGUAGAUGACGUGGGACAGGAAAGCGACGGCAGCAAAAAAGAUGCGUCCGAAGAUCCGUCCAACGAAUCGGUGAGCAUCAGUCAGCCGGCCGACAAUGUGUCGCUGGCCGAAGCCAAGCCCGUCGGUCUGGCCAUUGCCGGUGUCGGCGGUCAGGCCAUCUCCCAGCCCGUGGCCACUGCCGUGGUCGGACCGGGCGGCCUAGCCAUAGCCAAACCUGUGGCCACCGCCAUAGCCGGCGUUCAGGGUGCCGAAAGCCUGGUCGGCGUGAUGGGCAGCGGUAAACAAAAGCAGAAGAUCACACCGCCGACGCCCGCCAAGAAGCCAGCUACCGGCAAGACCCAGAGGUCCCUCCCGUAUUAUGGAGGCCGCGGCACGAUGGAAUGGCCCACGUACCGGCCCAGUGCACUUGAAGGUUGA